UUGGGACUGAAUCUGACUCUUAGUUCACGAGAAGAUUUUUUAUGAUUAUUCUAAGCAUUAUCAUUACAAAAUCCAAACUUAACAUGGUUCAUCGUGGUAAUGUCUGCGAUGACCCUACAACGUUUCGAGUUGAUAAGCCAUUGUGAAGUGGAUUAACAAAGGAUUUAUUUUGUAAUUGGACAUGGUCAAAUCUGAUUUCCUGAUUGAUCAAUACCUCAGCCAUCUCUUAACCAACCAAGCGUUUCUCAAACUAAGUUAAGUGAUGCACCAUGGGCCUAUAUACCAAACUUGGUGUUCUGUGGACUUAUGGGUCAUGAGAAUACGUUUUUCAGGUUUUCCAAAAUGUCCAAGAUGGAGGAAAAUCUAUCCUGAUGGACCUUAUGGGUCCUUGACGCAAAUUUGUUCAGCAUGAGGAAAGACACCUACAUUUCAAGUCUCUAGGUCAAACAGGUCGGCGAAUAUUUAAGUGGGUUUAAGUGAGACUACUGGCCAAUUGGUGCCUUUCCUUUUGACCAAGUUACUCACGGCCUCUAGUUUCUGUGUGCCAAAUUAGAUGUGUUUUUUUAACCAAUCUAUGCUUGAGUUAUUGUAAUGAAGGUGAUCAAAAGCGUGGCUCACUUCUGCCCCCAGGAGCCCACAGUACACGCACACAUUAGUGACUCCCUGAACACAAUGCUCAAGCUCCAACCUUUCAAAACACACCAGCAGCCCCGGCUCUCUCCUCCACUGAGAGCUCAUUGGGCAGUGUCUCCUAUCUGACGCCGCUGAUUGGCUAUUGAAUGUUGUCUCCCAGGCAGCAGAGAAACUGGCAGCAGGAGGAGACAGGGAGAAAGGAGGGAGAGAGAGGGAGGAUACGCUCAUAUCAUGAGAGGGAGAGAGCAAAACAGAGAGAGCAAUAGAGGAGGCAAGAGCACCUUCAGGCAGAAGGAGGAAGGAGGGAGAAGGAAAAAUAGGAAAAUCCUGUCUGUGCUGCUAAAGCUGUUUACAUCCUAGGUUUCUGAAGACAAGGAGGGGCUGUGACUGAGGUGAGAGUGCUGCUGUAGCUGGGUCCAGUUCUAAGGAUGCCCGGGGUGUAAGUGAGGUUCUAUAGCAGUUCCACAGCACCACCAGGCAGGAACCAACACUGGGAUGCAGAACCUACGACAUGCAGCCACGGAGGCUUUCCAUCGCCUGGGUCUGAAGCAAAGACAGCUGGGAUAUGAGGAGUUGGAUGAGGCAGACCCGUCCUACUCCAAGCCCCAGCCUCACUGGUUCCACACGCUGCAGGUCCGCAGGCUGACGGUCCAGAGAGGACGCAGCAACAGUGACCCUAUGGGGGGAAAGAGUUUUGAUCAGGACUUCCAAUGGAAAACAGGCCUACAGUUUGGCACAGCUAACUCCUACCUGAACCUGGAGAAGAUAGGGGAGGGGACAUACGCUACAGUCUACAAGGGAAUCAGCCGGAUAAAUGGGCACCUGGUGGCCUUGAAGGUGAUCCGUAUGAAGACUGAAGAAGGCGUACCAUUCACUGCCAUCCGAGAGGCUUCCCUCCUAAAAGGCCUGAAACACGCCAACAUUGUCCUGCUCCAUGACAUCAUCCACACCAAAGAGGCACUCACAUUUGUCUUUGAGUAUGUACAAACAGACUUGGCUGAGUAUAUGAAGCAGCACCCAGGGGGCCUGCAUUCCUACAAUGCCAGGAUCUUCAUGUUCCAGCUGCUGCGGGGUCUGUCCUACAUCCACGGUCGGAGGAUCCUGCACCGGGACCUCAAACCCCAGAACCUGCUCAUCAGCUACCUGGGGGAGCUCAAACUGGCUGACUUCGGGCUGGCCCGGUCCAAGUCCAUCCCGUGCCAGACCUAUUCGUCUGAGGUGGUGACUCUGUGGUACCGGCCUCCUGAUGUUCUCCUGGGUUCCACUGAUUACUCCACUGCUCUGGACAUCUGGGGAGCUGGUUGCAUCUUCAUUGAGAUGCUCCAGGGGUCGCCAGCCUUUCCAGGGGUGGCAGACGUCUUUGAGCAGCUGCAGAAAAUAUGGGCUGUCGUAGGGGUCCCGACUGAGGAGACGUGGCCAGGAGUGAACGAGCUGCCCAACUUCAGACCAGAAUGGUUUCAACCAUGUGAGCCCCAGCAAUUCAGGAAUGUUUGGAAAAGACUGUCCCAGUUGCCCUAUAAGACAGAGGACCUGGCCCAGCAGAUUCUGAUGACCAUCCCACGAGACCGCAUCUCGGCCCAGGAUGCACUGCAGCACCCCUAUUUCAACACGCUACCGCCCCCCAUCAUGCAGCUACGAGACACUGUAUCAGUCUUCAAGGUCCCCGGAGUGAGGCUGGAGACCGAGGUGAAGGAUAUCUUCAGUCCCAGUCGAAGGAUCAGACCGUCCCAGAUGGUGCCCUUGGCUAAGUGCUGGUGAUAAUGGACCUCUACCCCCCCUGGGCUUGGCCCCUACCCCCAGGUGCCCCAGCCCUGCCUGCAGGCUAGACCACCAUCUGAUCAAGAUGGAGAGGCAUGAGGCUUCACACACACAACACUUACCUACACCACCAGCGUCCUCCAUCAACCUCUGCUCUUGACUCCCACCCAGCAUUCCUCAGUCAGAGUUCCCAUGUUGUAAGAAGACAGGAGAGAAGAGGGAGGGGUUGAAUGUUACCUGGUAUAUCACAUAUUAGAUGACGUCAGAAGUACUGUAUGUACUGUAUAUACUCUAUAUCUGAGACCCGAUGUCUGUUGUUGGUGGCAACGGAAAGCUACGCAACGUCUAAGAGAACUGUCAGGAAGCUCAGAACUCCUUAACAUCUUCCUCCCGCUAAACCACCUCCUCCUGCUUCCUCCUCUUGCUUCCUCCUCCUGCUUCCUCCUCCUCCUCCUCCUCGGCUGGUUUACCUCUUCCUCCUCUUCCUCCUCAUCCCUCUCCUUCUCAGAGCGUCUCCUUGGACUCACUAUGCUCUCUCUGCAUCCUCCUAAAUGUACACUGAGAUUCAAUGAUGACGAUGGGUUAGUUUUGCAGAUGAGUUUUUUAUUUCGUACUGCCAAAACAUGCAUAUAUUAUAUACCUCUUAUGUUAAAUCAGGUCCUUGUGGACCAUGAUUGUUUUUUUGCACAGCAUGCAGGUGGGUAUCCCUGCAACAGAAUGACUGUGACGGUUGUGUGUACACUGUAAUUAAUGUUGCAUUGUACCAUGGAGCUUCCUCAUUAACACCCCAUAUAGCGUAUUUUUCAUUCGGCAAUCUUGUGAUGUCCACUCUUCAAUUGUACUAUACUUGGGUGCAGCUUGCUUUUUAAAUGUGCGUGUGUGUGUUUUCGUGAGAAUGAGUGAAGGAGUGUGUGAGUCAAUAAAUGUUGCAGUA